UUUAAGCCUUAGUAUACCUCAAAGAAAAUAAAUUAUGGGUAUCAAAAUUUGCUCAUCACCUUUUUUCUUGCUAGCAUUAACCAUCUCAUUGUUCAUUUCCUUACCCUUGAAAGCCAAUGCAGGAGGAAUUGCCAUAUAUUGGGGCCAAAAUGAGGAUGAGGGAACAUUAACAGCUACAUGUAACAGUGGCUUAUACAAAUAUGUUAACAUAGCAUUUCUCUCAACAUUUGGGAAUGGCCAAACACCCCAAAUUAACUUGGCUGGUCAUUGUGAUCCUGCCAAUGGCGGGUGUCGUAAAGUGAGCACUGGCAUCAGGAACUGCCAACGGAUGGGGAUUAAGGUCAUGCUCUCCAUCGGAGGUGGUACUGGUACCUACUCGCUUUCAUCAACUGAUGAUGCUAGACGCGUCGCUGAUUACUUGUGGGAUCAUUUCCUUGGAGGCCGAUCCAAUUCUCGGCCAUUAGGUGAUGCGGUAUUAGAUGGCAUAGAUUUCGACAUCGAGUUGGGAACACCUCAUUAUGUUCCGCUAGCAAGGAGACUUGCCGAGCAUGGCCUUCAAUCAGGGAAGAAAGUAUACCUAAGUGCUGCACCACAGUGUCCUUUCCCUGAUAAAGAGCUCAAUGGCGCCCUAAAUACUGGUCUUUUCGACUACGUUUGGAUACAGUUUUACAACAAUCCUUCUUGUGAAUAUGAUGUUAGUAAUCCUGAGAAUUUCAAGAAUUCUUGGAAAACAUGGACCUCAAAAAUCCCAGCUAAGAUGUUCUUUGUUGGGUUACCUGCUUCAAAUGAUGCUGCUAACAAUGGCUUUGUUCAAACACAAACACUUAUAAACCAAGUGCUCCCAUUUGUUAAGGGAUCUGGUGGCAAGUAUGGAGGAGUGAUGCUGUGGGAUAGAGCCAAUGAUGCGAAAACUGGGUAUAGUUCUCACAUCAAAGCUAGUGUCUAAAUUUAUCAUACCAAGGGAGCUAAUUCAAUAAAAAAAGUUUCCUGUUUUCCUA